CACCACAAAUCAAAACCAAGCGUCAUUUUUAUUUUUCUCUUCAAGUUUCAAUUUUCAAGUGUAAACAUUUUGAUUUUUUUCAAAUCAUCAUAAAUAAUUAAAUUAAUUCGAUAAGAAUAAUAUACAAAAAUGUCAGAAGCAUGGGAUAUGGAAAUAAAAGCAAUUAAAAACAAACGCAACACUUAUCGUGAGAAGCUAGAAAAACGUAAAAAAGAACGACACGAUAUCCUUUCGUCCACUGCCACCUUGCUGUCGUCACCAAACAGCGGCAGUAGCACCAAAAAUGAUAACUCCGAAGAUUCCCAAGCUCCCAUUAAAACAGAAACAGAAUCCGAUACUGAAAUCGAAAAGACAAUCCUACAGAUGCUGUCGUCUAGCUCAUUGGUGCUUCCUAUCAUAUCCACUCAACUUAUUGAAAAGCUAGAGAGGAACUUGGAGAAAUCAGCUCCCAAAGAGUUGGUCAAUUAUAUUUUGGGUAAACUAUCAAAUCAAGGUGCAAUUGGGAUUAAGAGUGUCACAAUCGGCAAAGAAGUUGGCUGCGAAGUGAUCUCUGUGCAAAGAACAGCCGUCCUAAAUCUCUACAAAGAGUUCGUAUCAGAGUCUUAUGGUGUCAAAGAUGAGUUCAAAAGGAAAUAUGAAAAUGAUGAAGAUGACGAUGAUAGCAACUCCAGAAAAGCCAUCAAAAUAGACAACGAUCGUAAAAUGAACAAAGACAGUAGCAGCAAUGAUGCUUCCGAUGAUAUCAUGUCUCUACUCUCGAUGCCCUCAACUCGAGAGAAACAAAGCAAACAAGUUGGUGAGGAAAUUCUCGAACUUUUGACUAAACCCACAGCGAAGGAACGAUCAUUGGCGGAGAAAUUCAAAUCGCACGGAGGAGCCCAGGUCAUGGAGUUCUGUCCCUAUGGAACCAAAGUCGAGUGCCUCAAAGCACAACAAGCCACUGCUGAGAUGGCUGCAAAGAAGCGUCGUGAAAUCGAGCAGAAUACAGCAAGCGAAAAAGCCGAGGAUUCGAAUGCCGAGACAAAUUCCAGUAGCACUCUGGAUGAAACAUCAACAACUAACUUAGGGGAAGAGUGCAAAAAAGAGGAACAGCCAGCAACAACAACUGAUCUGUUGGUUACUCCCAUCAUCGAAGAGAUCAUCAUUGAGAACUCUGACAAAUGCACAAAGUUGCAUUUCAAGAAAAUCAUACAAUCCCACACGGAUGAGUCUUUGGGUGAUUGUAGCUUCCUUAAUACGUGCUUCCACAUGGCCACUUGCAAGUAUGUCCAUUAUGAGGUCGAUGCUCAUCCGAAUAUCAACAACAACAAACACGAAGACGUCAAGACCAAUCUCUGCAUCAAGCGGAACACAGAUCCUAGUGUGACGCUCUAUCCUCCCCAGUGGAUACAGUGUGACUUGAGAUACUUGGACAUGACUGUUUUGGGGAAAUUCGCAGUGGUAAUGGCUGACCCUCCGUGGGAUAUUCACAUGGAAUUGCCAUAUGGAACCAUGUCAGAUGACGAGAUGAGACAGUUGGGAGUUCCAGCUCUGCAAGAUGAUGGUUUGAUAUUCCUUUGGGUAACCGGUCGAGCCAUGGAGUUAGGCAGAGAAUGUCUAAAGCUCUGGGGCUACGAACGUGUCGACGAAUUGAUUUGGGUGAAAACCAAUCAAUUGCAACGAAUCAUUCGAACUGGACGAACUGGUCAUUGGCUCAAUCAUGGCAAAGAACAUUGUCUCGUUGGUAUGAAGGGAAACCCAACGAAUCUCAAUCGUGGAUUAGAUUGUGAUGUUAUUGUGGCAGAAGUUCGAGCUACCAGCCAUAAACCAGAUGAGAUUUAUGGCAUCAUCGAAAGAUUAAGUCCCGGGACAAGGAAAAUCGAAUUAUUUGGUCGACCGCAUAAUGUUCAACCAAAUUGGAUAACUUUAGGCAAUCAAUUGGACGGUAUUCGUUUGGUUGAUCCCGAAUUGAUAACACAAUUUCAGAAACGUUACCCUGACGGUAAUUGUAUGGCACCAGCGCAGGGCGCAAAGAAGUGAGUGACUGAAAUUUCCUGAGAUUUCUAUCUUAUUUGUGGGCAUUUAUUUAUAUUUGUAAGAACAAAAACAAUAAAAACGAAAUUUUUAAA